CUCAUGCUGUCCAAGAUGGAAGACAUUGUGUCAUAUCCUUUAUACUAGUCCUCAGGCAUCUGAUGAGUGAGUGUGUGGGUGUAAAAAUGGGAAGGGGGGGGGUCUCUUAAAAAGCUUACACUCCUCUUCUGCCUCCCUCAGUUUCCUUCCUGGAUUAUAGCCGAGUUGCCACUGCUCGCUUGUGCUUGGGACUUACGGGUUACUCUCUUUCCUCUCAGAAAAUGUGUUCUUUGGGUUUUGCCAAAUCUUUAGGGUUUUCUCUCAUCCCACUGGCCAUCUGCUGCAUUGUGGCCAACGUGUUGCUCUUUUUCCCUGAUGGAGAAGUGGAUUUUGUCAAGAAUGGCCAAUUGAGUGUGUACGUGUGGUCCUUUAUGGGAAUAGGAGGUGGUGGUAUUGCAAUCCUCAUAGCUGCUUUCACUUUUUUGAGUAUGGGGAAGUGUGCUUAUUCCUAUGGAACAGAGAACUGUGCUAUGUGUGGCUCUGUGCUAGCAUCUCUCAUCGGCCUGGCCGGCUCUGCUUAUUGCUUCGUUAUAUCAGCUAUGGCCAUGCUAGAGGGGCCACAUUGCUUGAGCAAUUCGAAUUGGACAACUCCUUUCCAGAAGGAUGGGAUGAGCUACCUUUUAGCCCGUGAAUCCUGGUCUCGGUGUGAACAGCCUACUCAUAUUGUUGAGUGGAAUGUGACGUUGCUGUCCAUCCUGCUAGGCCUCAGCCUGAUCGAGUUCCUCAUUUGCUUUGUGCAAUUUAUCAGCGGAUUGGUCAGCGCCAUCUGCAGGCCUUGCUGCUAUAAGCAGCAAUAUAGCCUGAGUGCUUGAAGACAUAAUGGAUGACCGUCUCAUAUCUCCCUAACUAACAUUGACAUUCUAAUGAUAGGCUGCUAUGAAAAAAGAAAAAAAUUCUGAAAAUACCUGACAGAAUAAACCACUAUAUAUCUGGGAACUGGGUCAGUGUAGCAUGAAGAACCUUGACCAGGAGCAGCUCUUAUCAGUCUUGUAUUAUUCUAACACAAUCAACCCCAAUACACAACCACUGUCUUGUACUCAGACCUGCAACUGAUACCUAGAACUACAAAAAAAAAAGUUUGUAAGUAACAUCAUUUUCUGUUCAUAGACAGUAAUAGAGAAACAUAUUUUUCAUCUCUUAGAAUAUAAUCAAGACAAUUUUGUUUUUAUAAGAAAUUUUCUAGCGUGCUUUAUAAGUUCUGAAUAUACACUGUAUGACUUCACUGUCAAUUUUGUUAAAUUUAUUUCUUGUUUUCUCUGUGCUUCAUUUUUUUAAAAAUGUAACUUAUUUUCCAAUUCUCGAUGUUAAAAAAUCCUGAUGC